UUAGUAUGCAACCAUUUAUAUUCUUUAAAAUACCAUGUUAUCGAGUACUUCACCUUAAAAAUAAACCAAAAACGAGAUGGUUGGAUAAUUGUAUUUAGUGCCUCUAGGUUGCCACAUCAAUGAUGUUUCUCAUGGUGCUCUCCCUUUUAUUAUCACUUCUCAACAAGUUGAAGAAGAUGAUGAGUGAGAAUUCUAUUGUGAGUAAGUUGAAGCCUUAUAUUCUAGUGGUGAGCCUACAAUUUGGAAUUGCAGGCAUAUAUGUAAUAUGCAUGGCCACUCUCACUAAAGGCAUGAGUCGUUAUGUUUUGAUCGUGUAUCGAAACACUGUUGCCACUCUCUUUCUUGCUCCAUUUGCGCUAAUCUUCGAAAGGAAAACGAGACCAAAGAUGACACUCCCUGUCGCUUUACAAAUCAUGGUCUUAGGUUUUCUAGAACCCGUAGUUGAUCAGGGGUUUGGUUAUUUAGGGAUGACAUACACGUCAGCAUCAUUCACAUCGGCCAUCAUGAACGCUGUGCCCUCUGUUACCUUUAUCAUUGCGGUCCUUUUUCGAGUGGAACGUUUAAAUGUAAAACAAGUACGAGGGGUAGCCAAGGUAAUUGGGACCUUGGUGACCUUCGCCGGAGCUUUGGUUAUGACACUUUACAAAGGCCCAAUUCUCGAUUUCUUUUGGACUCAAAAAACCAACCACCACGUUAACAUAGGCGCCGCCGCCACCAAUCAGCAUUGGGUGGCAGGAACGUUGUUCAUCCUUCUGGGCUGCGUGGCUUGGUCUUGUUUCUACAUAUUACAGUCUAUAACAGUAAAGAGAUACCCGGCGGAGUUGUCUCUCUCAGCACUGAUAUGCUUGGCUGGUGCACUUCAGAGCACAGUGAUAGCAGUAGCUAUUGAGCAUCAUGCUAGUGCAUGGGCUGUAGGCUGGGAUUCCAGGCUUCUGGCUCCUCUCUAUACGGGAAUAGUUGGGUCAGGAAUUGCAUAUUACUUUCAAGCUCUUGUUAUGAAGACCAGAGGUCCUGUCUUUGUGACGGCUUUCAACCCUUUAUGUAUGAUCGUUGUCACCAUUAUCUCUUCCAUUGUUCUUGCCGAGAAGAUUCACCUUGGAAGCGUUAUUGGAGGCCUCAUCAUCGCAAUUGGGCUUUAUGCAGUCGUUUGGGGAAAAAGUAAGGAUUAUUCCACCGCCGACCACCUCCAAAAGCCUAACGGCACCGCCGUACCUGAGCUUCCAAUUGUUGCCUCUCAACUCCCCGCCGAACAAGAAGCUCAUCUUCAACCUUCAAAAUGAAUUUAAUAUACAAAAUGCUGCCCACAAAAUCCACUCACUUGUAGACCUCUUUGCCUUAUAUUUACAUAUGUCAAAAUAAAUGAUACCAUUAAUAAAAUAUGUCAACCAUUAAUAAAA